AUGAGAUUUACUAUUGCUUUCACGGUGGCCACAUUAUGGUAUGCUCAGACUAGCCAUGUUCAAGCUUAUCCAUUAGCUUCUUACAUUGAGAACCCACAAGCAUCGCUUUCUGUGGCAGAGAAUCUGUCACUGCCAUUAUGGAAGCGAUUUAGUCUUCUGUCAAUCUUAAGCAAAGGCGGCGAUGAUACGGAAGAAGUAGGGUCAACAUUAACGAAAGGUGGUAAAACUGGCUCAACGAUUGAUGAUACAGGUAGUGUUGGAAGUUCUUCAAGCGGUGAUGAUUUAACUUCCACUAACGAACUUAAUACAAACACUAAUAAUGAUGAAAGUAACAGCGGUGCUAUGGUCGACGACGACAGCAGUAACGAUGACAGCAAUGGAAGCCGUGCAAAGACUACUGAAAAAGCUGCUAGUGCGGUAAAAACCACUGAGAAGGAGGCUGCCACGGGAACCACUGAAAAAGCAGCCACGUCAAAGGCGACAGAGAAAGAGGCUACAUCAAAAACCUCUGAAAAAGAAGCUGCCUCCAAAACAACUCCGGCCCCUGCAGAGGCAACUGCUAAUAAUGCUGAUGCCAACAAAGAGACUGAAAGACUUACGUUUGCUAGCGGUGAUAAGACUGUUGUGAUAACUUCUGUUAUAACCAAAGAAACAGCUGCCGCUAAAACACCCAAGGACUCUAGUUCUGAUUCUACUCCAAAAGAAGCUGCGAAAGGUGAUGCGUCUAUCAAGCCAAAGGAAAAAAAAUCCACCAAAUCUAAGAUUGUUAGCAUUAUUGGGGAUAUUGCUCCUUUGGCAAUUCCUCUCAUUUAUCAAGAAACAGAAGGUAGUUCUUCAUCUUCGUCGGAAACUUCAGACGACUCUACCAGUACUAAUAGUAGCUGCGUCGCUUCGUCUUCAAACUUGUGUCCUCUUGGCACCUCUUAUAAAACUGACGGCCAAGGUGAUUUGUUCUUCGCUAAUGGUACCAAGGUUGCUGAUCUUGGAUCAAGUGCUACUGUUAGCAAGAUUGCCAACCCAUCUUCCACUGCAAGUGCGGAGUGCGCACCUAGUGCAAAGAAUUUAUGUUACGUGUAUAAUACAUUUUAUACUGAUGGUGAAGGAGGUAUCUAUGAUUCAAGCGGUAACUACAUUGCAUCUCUUGCUCUGAUGAGUGAUUCAACCUCCAAUUGUACUCCGAAUUAUUCCAAUUUAUGUGAAUUGAGUAACGGGACUUAUACUGAUGGCCAUGGUGGCCUCUAUAACUCUAGUGGUUAUCCUAUCUCUGGUUCUGGCUCUAACAAUUCUACUAGCACCGCCACGGGUGCCGCUGCUACUACCACCUCUUGUGUUGCGACUAACGAUAAUUUGUGCCCUAACGGAAAUGGGUAUUAUGUUGACGCUGAAGGAAAUCUUUACAAUUCUGCAGGUUAUCCGAUAUCGUCUACUGCCACUGGUGCUGCCACUGCUACCACGAGCAGUACUGCAGCUGCUACCACCUCUUGUGUUGCAACAAACGAUAAUUUAUGUCCUAAUGGAAAAGGCUAUUAUGUUGAUGCUGAAGGAAAUCUCUACAACUCUGAAGGGUAUCCGAUAUCAUCUGCUGCCACAGCCACAGCCACUGAUGCUGUUGCUUCUAGUGUUGUGACUACAAAUGAAAAGAAGGCUGCGGCUGCUGUUUCAGUUACUACUAGUAUUGCUUCUAGUGCUGCUGCUACAAAAUCUGCGGUUGCUGUUUCUACUACUUCUGUUGAUUCUAAUGUUCGCUCUCAAACAUCUGCGGCAUCUGCUACUGGCAUUGCUUCCAGUGCUGCUACUACAACCGCUGCGGCCGCUAUUUCAACUACUGCUGUUUCUUCUGGUGUUAUUUCUGUAAACGCUGCUGGACAAGCCGUUUUGACUUAG